GAAUAAACUUCAGGUCAAAACCUUGUGUUUUGUGUCAUUGCCUUCUUCUGCAUCCUUUUUGCCCCUGCAGUGACAGUGUGUCAGAGGGGUAACAAUGGGAAGGGGAGCUUUGCUGUGUGUGGGAGUAAUAAAAACCAGGUAGGUCUACACUGAGAGGUCCCAAUCUGCAACAAGAGAAAUAGAGCACUUGUCUUGCCUCCUGAUGUACAGGAAAGAAAAACAGAGGCAAAUUUAGAUGGAAUUUCAUCUAAAAGAUUUAGAUUUUGCAAGUUGCAACCCUAUAGCCUUUAAUGGACUGGAUGAGAAGAAUGAGUGGCUCAUUUACUGUGAGGGCAGCGAGACACUGGAACAGGCUGCCCAGAGAAGCUGAGGAUGUCACAUUCCUGGAAGAGUUCAAGGCCAGGUUGGAUAGGGCUGUGACUAACUCACUUUAAUGGAAGGUGUCCCUGCCAGUGGCAGGGGUUUGGAACAAGAAGAUCUUGAAAGUCCCUUCCACCCCAAACCAUUCUGUGAUUAAUCUUGGUACGUAGCAGACAUGGUUACAGGUGACAGUAGUGAUUGACAGCGUGCUGAGUGUAGAUGUCCCACAGCAGGAUUUGCUAUCAGCAUGACAAAGAUGUGGGACACUGCUGGAGGUGUUAUCCAAGUGGGAUGCUGUUGCCUGCCUGCCGUGAAAGCAGAGGUGAGACCCAGCCACGAUGACCCUUGAGCAGAGAAGGGUGCAGGAGUGAAUCAGCCCAGGUGCACAGCAGGGCCCCAUGGGACGGGAGUUUGGAGAGCUGCCAGGCCCAAAGGAACUGCAAAGGUGUCACCCUUUUCAGCAGAAAAUUCCUUGGUGGCCUGAGGAAUUUCUGCUGCCCAGGCAGGUCCAUAAGCUGAGGUGCUGUACAGUGUGCAGUGGCUCUGGUGACCACUCAGAGAUGUUAUUCUCCUACUGUCCUUGACAGGCAGUGAUGGAGAUUGGAGAGAGCUGCCACCAUGGAAUUCCUCUUCUCUGGCAGGAUGAAGCCUGUCACUGUUUUAUCUCUGUCUCCACUUGGUCCCAGUGCUGGGAAGGGGGGGUUGAAAUGUGGCAAUUGUACGCAUGCCAGGAAAGGUGGUUUUAGGUUUUCAGGGCUUCCUGAACAUUCCAGCUCCAGUACAUUUUGUUCCCAGACAUGUUUCCUUUAUUCUUUAUUUCUGUGGCUUUUCAGGCAAGGCUGCUCAGAGCACUGUCCUCCUGGGUGUCCUGGAUUGAUGGUGAGGACAGAAAGGGACAAGAGAAAGCUGUCGAUUGAAGCCAGUGAUCAGAGGAGCCAAGAAAACAAGCAGCUAGGGAAAACACCUGGCUUCUGGGACUUAUUUCCUUAAGAAGCAAAGUGGAGAGCAAAAACAUGUGGGAUGACUAAGAUAGGAAUGAAAACCAUGCUCAUGUUUGGUGACAAGCCCUGCCUUUCAGCACUGAGGGUAGGGCCUGGUUUCUCCAUCUUGCUCCAGGGCUAUGUGGGCACAUGUGUGGCUCUCAUGGAUAAGACUCGCACUCCAUCUGCCCCUUCUGCUCACUGCUGGCUGAUAAAGCCACUGGCAGAAUCAGUACUGGGAGUAAUACCCUGCUACAAUCCCAUAUUAUAAAAACAAUAUUGCAGGAACGAGUCACAGAGGGAAUUGGAUCUUCAUUUUCUUUUAAGAAUACUCCAGUUUUUCUCAAUCAGGAGAAGACUGCUCUCCUUCUGAAAUGAAAGGCAGUGAGUGCAUGGAGGACAGGCAUGGUACAAGGUGAAAACAGUUCAUGUUCCUUAUGCAAGAAGGAGAGUUUUCCUGUGCUAGAGCUUCCUUAGAGUGCAGAUACUCCGGAGUGCAGAUGUUGGGUACAUCUGACAGGGUACAAGCAUCUGCAAAGCAUGUGCUGCUGUCAGGCCUGGUAAUCUGUCCUCCUUUUAUAGGGCACAAUGACAAAUGAGUACUUUAAUGUAAUUUGUCUCCUUUAGAGGAGGCAUUGGAAAAUUAGGCCCUGGAGGUGGGACUUCCUCUGUGCUGACAGUUAAAGAAGCCUUGAUGACUUGCUCGGGCAUUGAGGUGUGAGGUGAGAUCAGCUGGGUCCUGCCCCAGCACAGCUGGGAGUGAGAUCCUAUUAACCUCUUAGCUGGGGAUGCAAGGGCCAGAGGGCAGAGGCUGGGGUGUCUAAAUGAGGGAGCUAAUGCUGAGUCUGUGGUUACCUUCUUCUGUGGAGAACUGAAGCACCAAGGUAGUGCCCAUCCGGUAACCUGAGGGGAGACUUUCAGAGCCCAAACAGCACAGAGCUGCCUGCACCUUAAUGAAAGUCAGUGAGAGCCAUGCUGCCUUGCUUCUUUUAUGUCAUUAAAGGAACCCAAACCAACAAAAAAAAUCUAUGUGUAUGUGUGUGUGUAUGUUAUCUUUUGAAAAAUAUCUAACAUGUAGGUGUUCCUUUUAGACGAAUGUGGAGGAGAUGGAGAAGCUUCCUUAUGGUCCAAAAUGAACAGGAUCUGUUCCUCUUUCUGUAGAAAGGAGGAAAAAAAAAUCACUGGCCUGGUUGACUGAGAUGUGUUCUGCAGAUCUAAGGACCCAGACUCUUUUCCAUAAAACCUGAACACAUGAAACAGAGUCAAACCCCACAUACUCAAUUGUGCUUAGAUCCAUGGCUCAGCUGAAAGCUGGAUGGUGCCUUCCUGCUGCCUAUACCCCCUGUACACUAUCAUGGAUAGGUGGUCCAGACUGACCCCAUCCCAAGUGCCCACACGUGCAGUGAGUGAGCCCUUUUCAGAGUGGUUUUUAUCCCCAUGAGGAAACAGCUUUCUCAAGUAUUUAUUACUUUGCCAUGUCCCUGAUUGAAAGGAUGCUAUGAGCCCUCUGCACAGGGCAAAUGUUAGGGUGUUCUUUUUUUUUCACAAAUGAAAGAAUAGCACCAUUCAAAUUCCAGUGGAAUGGUGAUGCUCAUGAGAGUCUCGUUGACCAUGAAUUUUGCUGCUGUGCUGUAGUUUUGAGUAAACCAGGAGAGCAGGGUUUCUGGUACACCAGGUAUAUGGUGUGUCUCAUGUUUGGGUUGUACUGCUGCCUCCAUAUGGGUAAGGAGGAAAUGGCUCUUCCUGUCUGAAAGAGCCUUUCAUAAUGUUCUGGUGGUCCUUUGGAACACCAGCUGUUGGUGAUAACCCGAGGAUGGAAUUUCUCCUGUACAACCAUCUGAACAGUUGUAAUUUCAGUGGCAAUUUCUCUUUUUUCACACUGCUCAAAUGCACUUUUCUGAUGAUUUGUAGCAGAGGAUCCAUUAGCUCCUUUUUCAGCAGGACAGCUCUGCUGUGCAUGGAAGUCAGAUUUGAUAUUAUAACACAUUUGUCUUUAAUUUGAUAGCCCAUUGCUCUUACACACGUUUACUGUCCUUGCAAAAGUGUGCUUUUGGUUGGCUUUUCUCAGGAAGGGAUGAGGGGAUGCAUAAGUAAAAUUUGUUUAGUAGAGAAACAUUUUUUCUGUUCUCUGUUAACAGCUAAGUAUGUAAAAAAUAAAGCCAAAAAUACUGGUCAAUCAUAGAGAAGUAAAAGGAGCAAUGCUUUGCAAAUGCAGCUAAGGGAUGUGAAAACACAAUCCACUUUCAGAAGAUUUUGUAUUGUAAUUCUGCAUCACACCUCUGGCUCUCAACACUGCUGUCUGUCUCUCUGUGUGUUCAACUCAUAAUAUUCUGAUUAUUUGUCACUAGCUGGGCAGCUGUAGCCUUAGUUAUGAUGUGAUCUAAAAUCCCCUGAGACGCCAAAAUACUUGAAGAUGAGGAAAGAUGUUGCUGAAUAGGACAUGAUAUAGCUGGAAAAUCUGACUGUGGAAAGCCCAGAUGUCUGCUAGAGGCACUGUUUUCUUAAUUACCUAAUUUUAGAUACUUAAGGAAGUAUAUUAAAAAGAAACAAAACUAAGUUGUGGCCAGUUCUUUUGAGUCUAACAUGACUGUUAUGGAUGAUCCUUAGAUUUUCAGAUGCUUCCAGAAAAAAAAAGCAAAUAAACCUCUACUGUAUGCCAUUUUAGCAUGUUGAUUUUUUUUUUUUCUAACUCUGGAAGCUUUUGAAUCAAAAGUUGCAUUUCAGGUUGGGGAGUACUAAGUCUGUUUCAGAAUGAUACUUUCCUUAUUUGCAAGGUUUUUGCUGAACCUGUUAUGAAUAUUUGACUUUGCAGAAAUCCCCAACUUACCACCAGCCCGUGUGCAGCUUUGCUCCAAGGUGGCUCUCUGCUGCUCUGGCUGCCCUUUCUCAGUGCCUCAGGGAGUCACAACUUCCCAGCACAAGCACUUGCCCUGUAGUUCUGCUUUUGCUUUGUUGUAUUCCAAUUUUUUUAACCUUUUUUUCACCCUCUGACCUGCUGCUGCUGACCUUGCUGAACCUCUUCCUUAUCUGUAUCUUAUGCUACCCUGGAAUAUCAUGCACAGGAAGCAUCUGUCUGGCUGUUCCCCUGCUGUAUGGGGCAUUCUCUCAGCAGAUUAUCUCUGUUUCAUUCUGCUUCGUUCUGGCACAAAGCCUGCAGAAGUCAUUUGACAGACCUAAGCUCUCUGCAGAUCCAGAUCAUCCAUCUCUCACCACUCCUGAGACGCCCGUGAUUCCCGCCGUGUCCGCUUGCUCGGAGCUGGCUGCCGUGGGGACGUGGGCAUUUGUCAGGUUGCAAACUUCUCUCCAUGGCUUAAAUGGACAUCGGAGCAUGCCUCUCUGAUGGAGUGUACAACCCCAGAUGAUCUGACCCUUCAAGAACUAAAUUCCAAGGAAAAGAAUACAAUCCUUUCUACAAUUUGCUUGUUUUAAUGUAUGGCUUGCUCUCGCACACAAAACCUGAGUUUUAAUUUCUGUAUGCAGAAAGACAAGGGUCUGCCUUCAGUAAACCCUCACCAGGAGAGGUUAGCAACAGGACACAGAGAAGUGGAAGGAACUUUGAAGCACUGUGAGAAGGUGAAAGGAGAUACCCAGCUUGUCUUUUUUUAAGCCCAUCUGGAGAAGAUGAAGCUUUUCCCUUAUGGCUGGAAGUAGUGGAGUCAAUCAGCUCAGCCUAGAGCUGGGGUGGUAACUGGCAGGCACCUGCUGCAGCCUUUCCUUUUUGCCUUAUACUGGACCCUGUGCUGCUCUCCCUGCACUGGAGGCGGAACCCGAGGGGCAAAGAUGGUUGUGGUGAGGAGGAGGAAUGUAAAAAUGUUCACCUUCGCCUUUCUGCUCAUCACAGUGACGUCCUUCCUGCUGAACUACACACACCAGGUGAGCACCACCACCUGGGACCCCCGACAUCUCGUGGUGCAGUUUUCAGAGCACGUCCAGAAACUCUUCAAGUACCCCAGGAGACCCUGCAGCUGUCACACGUGCAUUUCGGAGCUGGGACGUUCCCUCUGGUUCGAUCAGAGAUUUAACUCAACUAUGCAACCUUUCCUGACCUCACAGAAUGCCUUGAUCCCAGAAGACAGCUACAGGUGGUGGCUGAAGCUGCAAGGAGAGAAAGCUCCCAAGAGUUUGAAUGCCACUCUGGCAGAGCUGUUUGGGGUCAUCCCUGGGGACGGGGAUCCUCUGCAGGAGCGCGGCUCCUACUCCUGCCGGCGCUGCGCCGUCGUGGGCAACUCGGGCAACCUGCGGCAGUCCCAGUACGGCCAGGACAUUGACGCCCAUGACUUCGUGCUCAGAAUGAACCGUGCCCCCACUGCUGGCUACGAAUCAGAUGUUGGGAGCAAGACCACUCACCACUUUGUUUAUCCUGAGAGCUACCGAGAGCUGGCAGCAAAUGUGAGCAUGAUCCUGAUCCCCUUCAAAACCCUGGAUCUGCGCUGGGUCGUCACUGCUCUCACCACAGGCACCAUCAACUUCACAUAUGUUCCAGUUCCAAGGAAAAUCAAAGUCAAAAAAGAAAAGAUCCUGGUUUAUAAUCCAGCUUUUAUGAAAUACAUCUAUGAAAACUGGUUGGAGCAUCAUGGGAGAUACCCCUCCACAGGCCUUCUGUCUUUGAUGUUUGCUCUCCACGUAUGUGAUGAGGUGAAUGUGUACGGCUUUGGAGCAGACAGCAAAGGACACUGGCAUCAUUACUGGGAAAACAACACUUCAGGUGGGGCUUUCCGGAAGACCGGCGUCCAUGACGGGGAUUUUGAAUUCAAUAUAACUUUGACUCUUGCCUCCAUUGAAAAAAUAAAAUUUUUCAAGGGCAGAUGACCCUGGCCAUGGGGACAUGGUAGGGCUGCAAUUUCCAGCAUGCAGCAGAACACAGCUCAGUGAAGAUGAUCUGGGCACCAGCCAGGUUUGAAUGUGUAGAUCUGCAGUGGGUUUGGAGCAUCUCACACUGCUCCAAAGGGACGAGGCCGAGGCUUCCAAGCUGCACAUGAUUUCCCAUCUUGGGAUAGCUGGGAGCUGGUAAUCUGGAAUAAAUUAAUCUCUGCUUAGGCUCUACAUCUUGAUUCUUGAAUUACUGAUGAAAGAUCUGCCUGCUGCAAUUAGAGGAAGCCUGAGCACAGGAACUGCUGUCUGUGUGUCUGUUCUCUCCUCAAGCAAGGCAGCAGAUCCUUGAAGAAGAGUGAAAAUGACUUCUGGGACUCCGGAUCCACUAAGGCAGCUGUGAACAUCAUAGUAAGGAUUACCUCAAAGAAAUGAAUUCACUUCUGCUGUUGAUCUUCUUUUUGAACCACCUCUUCUCUGUUCUCUUAUUACUUCUGUUUUCAUGCUGUAUUAAGGAGAAACAUGAUGAAGUUGCCUGGAGGAGUAAAUAUUUCAACCAUUGCCUCAUUCUGCAUUGAUAGUGUCUAGAAAAUAUAAAUCAAAUCAUCUCAUGUAUUAUUUAAUAUUGCUUCCUACACAGCCAUAAUGAUGGAGAAAAUAACACUGAAAACUCCAGGAAAAAAAAAUGGCCUUUUUAGCCACUUGUUUGUCUCAUUUGGUUAUAUGAAAUUUUUGGGGUUUUUUGGGGGUGUUUUGGUGGAAAAUAUUCCGGAAUUUUUCCUUUAUUUAAAGUUGGAAAGUGGACUUUCUUCAAGUCAUUUAUAUGUGCCUUUUAUAAUUGUGCAACAAAUGUGAUUUUUUUUUUUAAGAUGACAAACCCUAAAUUCAACAUUUUUUAUAAAAGGGGGAAAAAUUAACCAAAGUUUAGCUUCUGUCUGGUAUGCUUUUUUAGUCAAAACCAAUAAUAACAACUCCUAUAUUGUAUUUGAACAAACACAAACAAGAUAAUUUUUGAAGGUAACUUUUACCUUUUUUUAUCGGAAAAUAUUCAAAAGUCCCAAGGAAAAAUUUCUUCUUAAUUUUUUUUACAAGUUUAAAAAUGUGGUAUCUCUUUACAAGGUCUCUAUUCAAAAUGGAAAAAAAAUCAUGGUUUGGGAUAUUAACUAGUUAUACACUAAGAAUCUUUUGCUCUGUAGCAGCACCUACAAUGACACAAUCUGUACAAGCUGAUCUUAGAGCAUGAGACAGACUUCAAAAUCAUAUACAUCUCUGGAGAAAUGAGUAUAUUGAUGUCAGUACCUCCAGGCAGUGAGAGGAGUGAAGUUACAGUGGAGGUUUUAUACUCACAGAUUUUUGCUGGAAUCAAUGCAUUUAAGCUUCAAGGACAGACAAACUAUAAAUCCAAGUUCAGUCAGUGAAGAAUAGAAAACUGUGGCCUUCUCUUCUCAAUAUGAUGAAAACAGGACUCGCGGAUUAUGGAUCCACUUUCAGCCUUGGUGAAACCAGAGGAGUUCUUGCCACAGACUUCAAGGGACUUUUGAUCAGGCUUGGGAAAAAUGGCAUAUUUAAUUUUUAAUGCAGCACAUUGGUUGGAAUUUCUGGCAAAAGAAAUCAUUGUCUAAAUGUCCUCUCCUCUAUGCAUCAGUUGUGGCAGAAUGUCCAAGCAGAUGAGUAUCUGAGCUGGUGGAAGCCUUUCAACAGUGAUGUGCUUCAUCCAAGAUUUAUCCCCUUGUCUUUCUGCACCUGUUGGUACCAGUGAGGUUCCCUCCAAGGCAGUAACAUGUGGCACAGUGUCAUGGGCAGCUGGAAUUUUGGGCCACAGCACUGCUCACCAGCAUGAAUUGCUUUACCCAUGUGAGUAUUCCGGGACUUGUGGCUCAUAAAGAGCCAAGAAUGCCAAAUGUCUGUGUGGGAAUUGAGCUCCCUCAGCUCGUGUGACCCUUCAUUGCAGCAAUAUGGAAAGGGCAGGAUUUUCAAAUCCUCAAAUCCUCGUGAUGAGACCUGUUCACAAUCCUCGUGUCAAGAAGCCAUUUCCCAGCAUGAACUGACCUGCAUGUCACAGGCACAGCAGAUUUGAUGGGCUUACUGUCUUCUACAAGUCCUUUGUGAAAGAAUGAAGCAUUACUGCCUGAACCAUGUUUGUUUGCUUUAAGGAUUCCAGCUUGUUUGGGUUGCUGUUAAUCAAUAUAUGGCUCUUGUGAGAUGCUGCAGUAAUACAAACAAAGCAAGAUUAAGAGGUAAAAGACUGCAUGUAAGAUGCCAGUCAUAGCUUCACAGUGUGGCUGGAUUUUGGAGCUUCAAGUACUUUUCUUGUUUUCCUCAUGGACAAAUAUUAGUAAUUCAGAAACAUUGACUACUCUUUCGGUCAUUUUUAGAAAGACUUGGAAGAAAACUCAUGGUGGUUAAAUCCCCUUGAUGUUUUGUUGUUGGUUUGUUUUGUUUUUUUUUUUUAUCACAGAGGUCAAUUUAGAAUCAAAAAACAGUGGAAAAAGAAGCCAGCUAUAUUCUAGCCAGUGUUGUUUGAAGGUUUCAUUUUUCUGUUCUAAUAAAAUUUCUAUUUUCCCCCUGAACAUUCUGCUUCUGACAGCACAUAUAAAACCUCAUGGCUCAUACAUGCAGAUAGAUUUAAUGUCUUCAUCAUGGAACAAGCUGCAAUUCCCAUUUAAUUUUGUUGCCAACAGCAAGCAGUAACUGUGUACCCCUGAUGUUCAUUUUUCAGAGUGUAAGGAGGGCAGAGAGUGGAUCUCUCCAGGUGUAGGAUGAGGAAUAGUCUGUGCCAUCACGUUUCUGUUCCAGGGGAACUUUUUCUAGAGUCAUUUAGGCAACUGACUGUUGUGUUAGAUUCUUGUCUCAGUUUCUCCACAAUUUUGCUGCUCUUUCAAUUGCCUUCAGAAUCAGGAGAUACAAACAGAUGAUGCUGAGGGAAGAAUUAAUUCCUACUGGCAUUAUUGAAGACUGUUUUCCUACUAGAAACUUUUUGGGUUUAUUUAAUUUAAAAGAACCAAGGAAAACAUUUAACAACAUGUCAAGGCUUCAAACUCUUGGACUGUAUUUGCCACCACUGCAAAAUCUCUGAAGCACUCCUUGAGUGUGUGUUAUGUUUUUUACCAAAGCCAAAUCUCUUGUGCACUUUUUUCCUCCCAUGUCCAGGUUUUCUUUGUACUUUUCUCUGACUACAUGAUCAAUUAUGAUUUUUUUUCCCUUAUGGUGGGAGUCUGACACAAUCAUUUGUUGACAAUUUAUUUAUUUAAUUUUUCAGUAUGAUAUGAAUCAAAAUAAAUUUUUUAUUAUAAUCAAA